UUCACGUGUAACGGUUGUGUGUUGAUGCGCAGCUGCGGGCCGUAAAGGCGUUUGUUGUUGAGUGGAAAGUUGUUGUCGUUGUGCCGGUUCUUCUGGGGAAGCUGUUCGCGCGCUGAUUCGAGAUUUUUGUUGUCGUUGAAGCUUUUUGGAGCUCUCUGUGGGGACGCGAAGGGUGUUGUGGCGCGCGCUGUCCAGGUUGUGGCGGCGGGUGUAAAUUUUUGUGUGUUCGGUGGACAUCCGAGUCGCGAAGAAGUGAAAGAGAGAGAGAGAGGGAGAAAGGUGUGUGUGUAGUACAACUGGGGCCUGUCCGCGCCCAAAAACAUCCCAGGAAGAUUUCACUCGCGGAGGUCUCCAAAGUGUUUGGUGGUUGUUGUUGUGGUGUUGCGUCCUAGAAAGAGUUCAACAGGUUAUCCGCGCACAGCAGUCUUGAGGAUUACUACAGCCGAGAAGGGAAUCACUGGCGGUGACCGGACCGUCAAGCGAGUUUCAGCAAAGCUUAAGAACAAUCGCCAGCGUCCAGUCGAGAAAAGAUCCACGUCCGCGGAUGUUCUGAAACAGUUGAGCAAACUUUCUUAACGAAGUGUAUUCUUGUUCCGGAAACGUCACGUCACUUCCGCUGCUACCGAGGGGGGGAAAAAAAGCAGAAAGAAAAAGGAUUUUCCGCUGCCGGCAAGCGAACAAUCAAAUACGAAUAAAUCUGCUGGUGGGUUUGGAGAAAGUGGUGAGCGGAAUUGCACUUUUUUAUCGCUAGAUUUUUUUUUCUGCUGCAAAGUUUCAGCGAAACUAAAAUUGCAAAGUGAACCAGACGUUGAGGAAGAAAUUAAAACUAAAUAAAAGCGAAAUAAAAAGAAUAUAAGGAACGGCCGUCUGAAGUGUGCCUGUUGGAAGUCAAGUGUCGGUUGGAGAAGAAAAAAAAAGUGGAAACUAGCCGGGGUUCUGUUUGAAGGUGAAGUGUAUUGAAUUAAGUUUUGCGAUUUAUUGGAAGAUCCUGAGAAGGGAGAAAAAAUCGUUGAAAUUUUUACACCGAGCUCAACUUACAGCACACAAGUGAAAACUCUCCCUUUUGGCUCGGCCAUAAUCGAUAGCCCAUGUGCAGUGGAAAGUGACAGGUGACACUCACGUCAGCAAUAGUCAGUUGCAGCAGCGAGUCAAACGCGCCGUGGCUUAGACGGAGACCUCCCGGAGACGGUAGCUCUAGAGUCGUGAUGUUAAAGUGAAGGUAUGAAUGAACUAUUGAUCUUAUUAGAAGUAUUGAUUAUCCUUACCCCAGCUGACAUCUUAAAGAUUUGCAACACAACUGAUAAGAUUUCGCUGAACCCACAACGACACACCCACUCAUUUCGCACGACGGGAGAACUCACCUUUUCGCAGCACGCAGCAUAAAUCUUUAGCAUGAGUUCCUACCGGCGCUCGGCAGUGCUCGACGGGACCACAAAUGCCAGCGGUACAAGUGUCAUAAUUUACCACCAACACAACGGCACCGACAAUCACAUUGUCUAGCACGGAGAAAACAACAAGAAGAAGCAGCAAAAUAUCAGCCAUAGUGAGAGUGAUUUGCGCGGUUUUUUUUUCUUAAGCUGUAAAUAGUUUGUACAAAAGUGAAGAAACAAAAACAACAGCCCGGGUGUACAUAAUCCGUUUUAGUCGCACUUGCUGGACCAGAAGCAGCCCCGUUUGGUUGAUGUUGAUUGAAGCCCGUGAACACACGACAAAGUUUCAAUCCGCCGCUAGUACUACCGUGUAGAAUCCGAUCCGGGAGAAAUUCACGGGAAAAAAGUUACCACUAGUCGAAUCAGAGUUGCAAAAGUUUUAUGCAACCCUGCAACCCCGGGGAAAAAGAGUAAAGUGAAGCUGAGUGAAAAAUUAAUGAGUAAAGUUGUGUGAUUUGUGCUAGCCAAAGUGCAACGAAAGGGAAAAAUUGUUGCAAACGUGUUGCAAGGUUACGAAAAAUCGAGCUUGAUAGAGUUUACAACUCGAGUACGGAGUUGUUUGACAAGGAAAAGUUGAAGCGACAAAGGUUUAACGAUAAACAAGUUGUUGUAAUCAGAUAAAAAGGAUUCACAAUGGAGACCGAGGAAAUCAUCAAACUGGUCGACGGAAUUUAUAAGAAUAUCCUCGAGAAGUUCAACCCCGGAGCGCGACAGCUGAUCAGCGCCGGCAAAGCGUACCUGAAGGCACUCCAUGGAGCGUCGGCGGCUUCCAACCUGUUCAACGAGGCCCUGGCCAAGAUUGCGGUCAACGCGCAGCAAGGCGGCACCAUUGAUAUCGGUUCCGCCCUGAUGAACAUCGUCGGAGUCUACAAAGAGAUCCAGGACCAGCACAUGAACAUUCUUAAAGCGUUCUACGUGGACCUGCUGGUGCCGCUGGAGACAAACCUGGAGAAGGACACCAAGGUGGUGCAGUUCGAGCAGAAGAAGUUUCUGCAGCAGCACAAGCUUCGCUCGGACGGUUACAGCAAGGCGGCGACCACGAUGAAGAAGUACCGCAAGAAGAACUCCAAGAGUUCGGCCAAGGACGCCGAGAAGGAGAUCAAGAGCAUCCAGACGUUCGAGGAGGAGAAGCACAAGCUGGACCAGUUCUGCGAGUACAGCUUGAAGAACGCGAUGACGCAGGAGCGGCGCCGGUACGGGUUUGUGCUGGAGCGGCAGUGCUCGCUGGCGAAACACUGGAUGGCGUACCACCACUCGGGACAUCUGAUCAUCGAAAAGUCACUGGAAAACUGGAACGACGUUGCCGCUACGAGGGAAUUUUUGCCACCGAACGUUGAGAACAUGUUUAUUACUAAGCAGCUGAAGGAUAUGGAAGACGAUGACGACGAUGCGCAGUCGAUUGCGUCGCAACUCCGCAAGACCCGGUCGAUCGACGCUUCCUGUCUGGACAUGCGAUCGCUGGGCGAUGUGGUGAACAGUUCGAUGAUGCAGAUGCCCCGUGCCAAGUCGGAGUUUAACCUGAACAACAGCAGUGCCACCAGCGUUAGCACCCUCGUCGGGGUUGGCGUCCCGGGAGGACACAUGAUGAGUGCCACGCUGAAGAGCUCGGACACUAGCCAGUGGGAACGCCCGACGGUUAAGGCCUUGUACGCGUACUUGUCAUCCGGGGAGAAUCAGUUGAGCUUCCUGGAAGGCGACCGGAUCGCGCUGGUUGGGGAUCGUGCCAAGGGUUGGCAGUUUGGUGAGAACCUGCGAACGCAGAAGUUUGGCUGGUUCCCGAUUGCGUACGCCGAGAAUGAACGUGAUAACGACAAAGAGAGCAUCAGCGAAUGGGUCAAAGCGCCGCCCAGUGAGAUCGAAGUCGACAACACGCCCGACUCGUCGCUCGAGUCCACCCUGGUAGACGACAGCCUGUCCAAAAGUGCCAACUCGUACCCCCCGGAGGAGGUCUCCCCGACGCGCAUGUUCGGCGACACCAUCCAGUACCGCCAGUCCAAGCAGUUCCGCCGACUGUCGCGCGGAGAAAAGCCACCCAAGCCGGGCCCACCACCACAGCUCCCGGCCCCCGUCCCCACCCCGGUCGUGCCAAACUACAGCAAGCCCCAGGGCAUCCCCCAGUCCAACAGCUUCUCCUCGUCCGGCGGAGCGCCGAUGGUCGAGAAGCGCAAGACUCCGUCCGCUACGAUCAACUUUAACAAGCCGCAGUCGGCCAGCAAGCCGUCGAAAGCGUCCCGCAACGGAAUCGCCAGUGCCUCGCUGCACAGCAGCAACGACAGCGGCUUCUCGAACGAGCCGCAGCCCCAGCCGGAGGUGGAGAUGUACUCGGACGAGGAAACCGUCAAUCGGGUGCCGAUAAGGUCGUCCCGCUCGGAGAAGAACCUCUCGUCGCCGCGCUCCAACGAACGUGACUUGAGCGACCAUCGGUACCGUUACAACAGCCGCGGCGGCGGCGGCGGCGAUCCGUCCAUGAUGCCCGACGACGACGACGACAUCUACGGCACGAUCGUUCCACCGCGCCGUCAGCACAUGCGCCAGGCGAACAGCUUCGGCAACAUCGCAGACAGCAACGCGGGAACGCUGGAGUACGGGUACCGGUCGCGGACGCGAAUGUCCGAGGGUCACCCGAACGGUGGUCCGAAUCAGAGCGACUCGCAGAAGAUCAAGCGCACCAAGUCGUUCUGGAAGUUCUCCAAGUCGCAGGAUCAUAUUCUGGAGGGGAUGGCCAUGUGGAAGCACAACGACAUCAUUCCUACCGGUCGGGAGAAGCGCGAAAUGGAGAAGAAGGAGGCGACGCUGAAGCGGAACAUGCGCAAGAAGGAGCAGAUCGAGAAGCAGAAGCAGAAGGAGAUGAUCGCGGUGAAGGAGGCGGAGGAAGCGGCUGCUCGGAAGAAGGAGCAGCAGAUGAGACAGAUGGGUGCGAUGGAGAGCGGAACGCUGAUGAGGAAUCGGGAGAGGGAGCGAGAGCGGGAUCACGACAGGGCUGAGCGGGAGCACCGCGAGAGACCGCACAGCAUUGCGAUGAUGCCGGAGCAGGAAAAGUUUCCGAUCACCAAGUCGGACAUUGACAAGCGGAUUUCCAAGCUGGACGAGAUGCAGCAGCAGCAGCAACAGCAGAAGAAGGUUAGUCAGCCGAGGCAGGAACGCCAGGAACGGAUGGAGAGACAAGAUCGCCAGGAUAGACACGAGCGACAGGAUCGGCAGGAGCGUCAGGAGCGGCACGAGCGACAAGACAGACAAGAUCGAGCGGAGCGAAUGGACAGACACGAUCGCCAGGACAGGCAAGACCGUCAUGAGCGUGAUCGCCGCCACGAAGAGUCCGACCGCAAGCCGUCCAAGUCAAGCAAGCAGCAGCAACAGGAUAGCAACAACAACCGAAACAGCUACGUCAACAGGUUGGAGCAGGAGGAGCAAAUCUACGGAGAGUCGAUGCAACAGCAGGUGAAGGGCAAGGACAAGUACCGUACCAGCGAGCGGGAAAGCAGCAAGAACCGGAACAACGAUGCGCUGAACAAGUACUACCAGGAUCAGCACUUUGACGACUUUGCGAUCAUCCCGAGCGACUCGAUCAUGAUCCAGGACACGAGCUUCUACGACGACGAUGGCAUGAUGGACGACGACAUGAUGCUGAUGAAGACGGUACGCCGAAAGGAGAUCCUCAAGCAGUACUACUCCAGCGGUACCGACACCGAGCGCAACUCGUCCAGCUCCGACGCGUAUGACUGCAUCGUGGUGGACGAUCACCUUGUUUCCGCCGCCGACAUGAUGAUGAGGAAAAAUCGAGGAGACAAGAGCCGCUCCGAAGCUCGCAAGUCCAACGGCGAGUCCUCCAACAACCGCAUGGAAAACACCCCCAAGCAAGAGGAAAAAAUGACCUUCUCGACGUUCCGUGGCACCGCCGUCGACGACGACGAAGCCAUGAUGAUGCUCGAGGACGAAAUGAUGGACGAACCGCCGCGGGAUAGCCGUCGCUCGAAGCUGUCCAAAGCGAACAGCACCGGCGCGAUGCACAUGGACAAGUACGAGUCGGAGCAGGAGUCGCGCAUCAGCGCCAAGGUGACCAACAACGGCAACCAGAAGCGCAAGUCAACCAAGUCGACGGCAUCGGACGGGAAGGCGUACGGGCCGUGGUACGACCUGUGGGGCGCCGAGGGGUCCACGAUGCAGAGUCAGAAGUAGGGAUGAUCAGCACCCACGUACACCAUCAUCGACACCAUAAAACCCCGUCCCCUAAGGUUAGUCAAUCUUUAUCGCUGGCGUAAAGAUUGAGUUUAAUCAGCUUGCAAUAGUAUUUCCAGGAGCUUUUCUACAACAGUCGCGUUACGGAUCCGUUUGAGCGCUAGGUUGCGUGGAAGAGCUGAAUUAAAGUUUUGGUAAAAAGCCACAAAUUCUUUGUUUUGAAGUCAAUUUAAUUAAAAACCAUCGAUCAACUCUCACUAUAGCCAUCUAGGUGUGAACGCCACGUUGCAAUCGGCAGUGGUGAAUAUAAACAUUCCGUGGUGAGUUUCCAAUCGUUCAAAUUGACCGUUGAAUUGUUGAUCAAAGUUAUUCAAAGAAAUUUAUUUAUUUUCAAAGAAAUCUUAUGACUUUUAAGCAAAACUUUAAUUUGACUUUCAAACGCAACUGAGUGUAAAUGUAAUUCAUAGAAGGACACGAAGCAGUAACACUAAAGUGUCGACACAGACAAGAGACACACACACAUCAGAGACAAGUUAAACAGCCGGAAGCAAUCGAAUCGGUGACCCUGCAGAAAAGUGCAAACCAGCAACUCCAACCCAACUCAACAACCCUGACAACCCCGAUAUGAACUUUAAUGCGCUCAAUUUUUACACAACAUUUAGGUUAGGUUUAUUGUGUAUGAUUCUCUUUUUAAGUUUUCUAGCUAUAAGCGACUAAACCUUAUUGUUACAAUCACCGUUGAGUUUGUUUUUAGAGACUUUAUUUACACCUCUUUUGUUUGCCCUUUACACUUAAACUCCAUUUUUGAAAAGGAUCGAUUCCGAAUCGACUAGCGAAGUUUGGUGCUCACAUACUGUUUUUGAAGAAAAAAGAGUAGAUUCUAGUUUUACUAUUGUUACGGAAAUUAUCAACCAUUAUAAAGUUUAGGCAAAUUAUGACUUCUUUUCGGUUGCGGACUUCUAUUGUUAACUCUUUACUUCUCAUCAUUUUGAUUUUAUCUUUCCCACUUUAGGCUUAAGUUACAACUCAUGUUAGUCAAUAUCUGUAACGCCUUUCGAACGGGUAGCCCCCCAAAAAAUCGUAUGAACGCCGUAUUCUAGUUUUACCAUUACCAACAUAAGUGAGAAACCACUAGCGUAAGAGCAGAGUAUUUUUGAGUAUUAUUUUCUAGGGACAGAAACUUUACUUUUAAACCACGUGAGGAUGGAACCUGUUAUAAACACGAACUAAUGUGCCAAUAAAGAAGAGAGAAUCGAACGCAUUGUCGAAACGCCUACGGGUAGGCAACCGUGUAUCGCGAGCUUACCAACACCACUUAACACCAACUUACCACCCGGACACAAGAGGAAGAGAUUUCACGUUUUGAGUUUCGUUUUGUAUUUUUUCGUUUAACGCGAGAAGGUAAAAUCGUUGGUUUACAGUUAUAGUUUAGCGGUUAAGAAAGUUUAGGUUAAGAAAAAGUUAGCAUAGUUUUAACCCAUUACAGUUUAUCAUUUUGUUGCUUUGUAAAUUUGAGUGUUUUUCUUUUCAUUCUUUGUUUUACAGUAGAUUUAAGAUUUCUCUACAGAGUUGAUUUGUUUCUACCACAUAAUUUAUGUAUGAUUUGUACAACGAAUAUUGAUUGUAAUUAACCGAUAUUGGAAAUAAAGUUAUUUUACCCCCAAA